AUGGAUAGACGCAACAGUGACGAUAACGAGCCAUCGCGGCGCUCGAGCGAACCCGAUGUUUUCGAUGAUGAUAACGAAAUCGAUCCGAGCGAAGAUGACUUCAUGCCCUCAGUUUCGGACGGCUUUCGGCCAGCCAACACUACCGAGACGUGGCACAGCGACCGUCAGGACCACGACCGGAUAGCUACACCGCAACGACAGACGUCCACGUCAAAACCCAACAGCACAGAUUUGCGGAGGACGGCUACGCGGAACAGCACCGCUAAAGUACACGAUCCCAUGACGCAAGAUGGCCGAUCGCCGCUCAACAGGGGAUCCAGCCAACGGUCACCCCUGGGACAUACGCAUCGCGACUCGGUGAGCUCUACGGCGUCUUUUGCGACAACAAGCAACUCGGAAAACCCUUUCGAGACCGGACCCAGCCACCCAUAUGGCAUGUAUCCGCAGCUAUCCAUGGCGCGGCCAUUGAGUGUGGCGACGAGCUCGACAGAGCGACAGCCACAUCGAUCCAUGUCGUUACAACGGCCCACUCAUCCGUAUGCCAUGUACUCGCAGAGUGGAAUUGUCGACGAGGAACCACCAGAAGAGCCCGCACGGCCACCUGCGCCCCCGGUACAAUCGGCUAUUCCCGUUGGAUUCCCGGGUUUAAACAAUGGCUACCAUCGAGUGCUUGGGCCCGAUGGCGAGGAGCAGGACAUCAUUGGACCAGACGGCCACACAGAGCAGCUUCCCCCGUACUCAAGAUAUCCAGAAGAAGGUCCAACCAAGGCGUCCUUGGCUGCCGAGGCAAGCGCGUCGCGUGUAGUUCCUGCACCCGCCCAAGUUGAUCCAGAAGACCCUUUCAAUUCUCCGCCGUCUCCCGUGUCACCACUGGGUUCAACAUCCUUCUCUGCAUCCUCCCUCUCAACCGCUGCUACUCCUGCCGCUCCUCUCUUGCCUUCCGUCACACCCGCCCGUCUGCCACCUCAAAGACCAGAAACUCAAACCGGCAAUGUUGCACCCACUACCUCCACUGCCCCAUCAAGCAACCACACCAUACCAGCUGAACCUUCAGACUCUUCAUCUGCGUCAUUGUUGGCGAAUGAGAACCAGUUUUUGGAGAAAUCGGAGCUGGCUGAUGAGAAAACACCUUGGCGGAAGAGGAAGUUAUGGGGCAAAGUUCCAAUGGGCCUUGCCCUCGCAAUUCUAAUAGCUACCAUAAUCCUUGCCAUCGCCCUCGGAGCUGCAAUCGGUACCAUUGCUACGAAGAAACAAAUCACUGACGAGAAUGAGGAGGGAAAUCGUCACCCGCAUGAGGAAGCCCAACCGCAGGUCACUGGUCAAAACGGAUCUCUUUUUGACGCUGUCCCUAUCUCGGCCCCCUCUGGUAUGGCCUCAAUACCCACAGGGCCUUUCGCACUUCCUAUGGGCAUGCCGCAAGAGAGUACUCCAGGAUGUUUAACUCAAGCAAAUCAAUACUCUGCAUGGUCGUGCAAAAUGACCUUUGCUCCCCUCGUUAUAACGGUCAACGAAACUACCGUGGAUGGCGAUACCAUACAGGUAGCAUCCAUGGGCGCUGGUCCUUCUGUACCAAAGGGAACUAUCCUCUAUGGCCUCCAAACCCCCACGCUAGACAAGAAGCCACUCAGCCUCGUGCUUGACCUGGAUUUCAAGGCUUAUGGCCCGGCUUACCAUUUUUCUGCUCGGUAUGACAAGCUGGUCAUCCUGCCACCAGAGCAACUCAACCUUGGGUCAGCAUUCACGACACGACAAGACGUAAAAUAUAGGCAACGAUUCGAGGUGAAACCUGGUGACUUUCCCUGGUACUGUUACUGGAAUGACACAUAUAUUGAGGGUUAUAUCUACGUGCAGGACAACUCGACGGCAGCCUCAUUUACGUCUUUUCCUACUGAAUGGCCUACCCCCACCCCUUCCACCCUGGAAACCGUCUCCAUCGAGGCCAUGACCGUUACGGCAACAACAACAGACACUGUUUCAGUGGAUAUAAUGGAGACUGCUAAGCCAACCCCGUCUGCUUCUGCUCGUGUCAGUCGACGAGAUACGUCCUCCGAUGAUCCUCCGUCGCGUAUGCCACCUUACCCGCGUACUGUCAAGAUUGAGGAGCGCCGCCUCGCCGACUCGCCACAACCGUACUGUCAACAGAUGGUUCUACUAGACAAUGGAGAGAUUACGACAGCACCAGGUCCAAACGAUAGUCCAAUCAGAAUAUGGUUGCAAGAGGCAGAUCCGAGCUACGAAGAGUUCCUUGCUGCUCAGCCCAGCAAUGCCCCAUCAAAUAAGGACAAACGUCAAAGCCCUUCUGAAAUGCAGAGACGUGCCGACCCACCAGACGCCUGCCACUGUCAGUGGAUGUUUAGUUAA